UUCCAUAACCUCCAGGAACAAUAUAUGCUUUUCAUUAACAUUAUAGUUUCUUUCUAAACAAGUUUUUUUAUUUAUACGACUCAAAGAGGAGGGAUCAUGCGACUGAUCAUCAUAUUCCAGAUCUGCUCACUGAUAACAUCAUAUAAAGCAGAUGAUCAUCACACUGAUGUGUUCGCUGCACCAGGGUCUCAUGUAGUGCUGCCUAUGGAGGUGACACUGAGGAAGGACGAGCCUGCCCCUGAAACAUGUGACAGCAUUUUAUGGAAACAUGAAACUAUUUCAGGUUUUAUUCUUGGAGAAGUGGAAGACAAUCACUGCUAUACAGAUGAGUCUUGGUUUAGAGACCCCUAUGACCUAUACAACAACAAAAUAUACAGGAUCUCUCUGAAUGGAAGCCUGGAGAUACGUAAUGUGAAAUGGUGGAAUGCUGGUAGAUAUACAGUAAAGGUGAUCACAUCCAAUUUGACAAAAAUACAUGAAAAGACAUUUACCCUUCAUGUACAAAGAAGCUCUGAUGAUACAGAGAUAUUUGCUGCCCCCGGAUCUGACAUUGUGCUGCCUAUUGAUGUCACUCUGUACAGGAACAGAUCAUCAGAGAGAGAAUAUGAAUGUGUUGUUUGGACAUAUGAAACCUUAUCAAAUUAUAAAGUCAUGAUGGACAGAUAUUGUAGAUUUUAUUACUUCUAUCAACGCAGGUAUUUUUACAUUCAAGAUCCAUUUCAGAAUAACUAUAAACUCUCACAAAAUGGAACCCUUGUGCUCUAUAAUGUAACCUCAAGGCAUGCUGGGAUAUAUACUUCAUAUGUCAUUGAUGGGUCUUUCGCUUUGAAACAUGAAAAAACUUUUAUCAUUUUUAUACAAGUAUCAGAACCUUUUGUGAAUAUCACAUGUGACACUAGUGGAAGUGCUGUGAUCCUCUGUGAGAUACAGAAUGGGACAGAUGUGACAUAUACCUGGACAGUAAAUAGUUACACCCUGCCGGAGCUUAUCAGUUCCCGGUGGAGUGUGAGUGGGAAUCAGUUAGUCCUGUUCUCCCCUGGACCAUGGAACAUCAGCUGCUCAGUGAGGAACCGGGUCAGUGAGGAGCACAGUUUACCCUCCUUUGUGUCCUGCCCAGGAUAUCGGAAGAAUACACAAUGGAUAAAUCACUUGUGCAAAGGAUUGAUCUGUGUGAUGUACACAUUGCUGCUGGUCUGCUUGAUCAGGGACCUGAUGAGAGGGACAAGGAUUCCUGAGCACGGUAUAUGACCAAAUGAGACCUAAGAAGAGAUGUAUGGACCCUGUUCACCUAUUACACCAGCUGCAUUCAAGUAUAGACCUCAGAUCAGAUGCAUGCAACACAUUUCUCAAGCUAAAUGCAGAAAUUACACCUCAGGACACAUUUAUGGACCUUACAAGAGCCUAAAAAUCAGGAAUUAACAAUGAUCUGUCUAAUAAAUGUAAGAUAUAGACAGACUUACAGUAUAUACUGUGAAAGACUUUGGUUCCAUGGCAAUUGAACUGUAUGUGUGUGACCUGAGCGCCAUUCAGUAAUAAUGUGCGCUCAGAUCUAGGCUAUCUGGGGAUUUGUUGAAUGUACCUGUUUUAUGCAAUAGCUGCACAGUUAUAUAUUUUUAUGUAUAUUAUUGUCUUUUGCUACCAUGUGUUCAAUGGAGUUUUGCCUCUGUCCUUGGAGAUAAUUGUAUUACUUCCCAAUUAUCUCCAGGAUAGAAGACUCUGUGGAACUGGUUUUGGGCAGAAAAGCCAUGCUUCAUUUGGUCACAAAGGGAACUGUAAUUCUCUGCCUGUGAUAAUUACAUCAACCAUUGUGUAAGGUAAUUGUAUCAACCAUUGUGUAAGGUAAUUGUAUCAACCAUUGUGUAAGGUAACUGCAUCAACCAUUUUGUAGGUAAUUGCAUCAGGCAGAGGGGAUGAUUUUGUGUGGGAGUGUCUGAGAGUAUUGUAUGUGUUUAUUGGUUGUUUUACAAAACCCUGUGGAUGGUACUUAUGUGUAAAAAUGUGUAUAUAAGAACAAUAAACCCACAGCUGUUGCUGAUAUCUGUUUGA